AUCGUGCCAUCUUAACUCAAUACUGACCUCAAGCACAGCCUCAUCAAUCAAUUCUCCCUUGCCAGAUCUCUCUUCGACCAUCACGCUGGCACCAGCAUCAGUAUCCACCCUCUCAUACCCCCCCACCGCUCUACAAAGUCAUGAUUCCACCCUGACACAUCGACCUCCUUCGCCCUGACCUCCAACCAAAUACCUCUCCCCUGCGUCCGUCUGUCUCGAUCGCUCACUAUGCUCACUGCCUCGCAGCCCGUCUCCGCCUUAUCUACCCCCUCUGCCACUACCUCGAACCAUCCCUCCCUCUUUCCCUCCCGCCGUCCUGCUAGUAAAGAUGGUGACAACAAAGCCCUCUGGGUCCCCAUGCUCAAUCGAGCUUCAAAAGGGAAAGACCUCUCAGAGAAGCAGCUUCUCCUCUUGGGCGGCACUCCAGACCAACAACGAGAAUUCCUCGAACAACUAAACCCACAAUCCUUACGCACCCGCUUCCUCAACACUAACGACCGGAGAAGACAGCAACAGCAAUCCCGUUCCUCUCCUGUCUCGAAUCGUUAUGCCUUGGGCUACACCUAUCAUGAUGUUCUAGACGCAGACCAGGAGGACAUUCUCGCCCGAUUAAACAUCCAUAUGCUGUCCAACCCCAGCGCCAGUUUUGCUCCCUUGCUGAAAUCACUCCUGACCCCAAACACGGUCAAGGACACCCUCAUCACAAUCCUCCUCGAUUGGUCUGAUCCCUUCCGCUGGGCACGACAACUUCGUCAAUGGAUCCGCCUCUUGAGGGGCGUGAUUUUGUCUCUAGACGAGGCAACAAAAGUGGAAAUGGAGGAGACAAUGAUGGCGUGGGAAGAGAGAAGAGUCGGACCCGAUGCCCCAUCCACUCAACCAGGAGGCACGGGCUCUACAACCACCACAAGUGCGAAUACCAACGGCACAGACCAAAAAGCAUCCUCCUCCGCAACUGUCGGCGUGCUACCGGGCCCAGGAGAAUGGGACGAAGGACUUGGUAUCCCCUUGUCGGUAGUCUGCAUUCAGGCGGAAAAGACCGAGUCCUUGGAAAGAGAUCAUGGCUGGGGUGACGACCAGUUUGACUUUUUGAUGCAGUGGCUCAGAUCUGUCCUUCUCAAGCACGGCGCUUCGCUCGUCUACACCUCAACGUUUGAUCCCAACAACAUCCGUACACUCAUCCACUCCAGCCUGAGUAUUCACUCGCUCCUCAAACGUGAGGUCGCAAAGCAUAACAUUGUCGAAAGGGACAAGAUCUUGAUUCCUCCCAACUGGGAUUCAUGGGGCAAGAUUCGGUUGCUCAAUGAAACUUUCGAUCCAGAGUCAGUCAGCAAUGCCUGGUCGGUGGAAAUCCAGGCUCCCCCAGAGCAGACCUUGGACCUAGAUAUUUUGUCAUCCUCCCCAACAUCCACGACUAGACCGGAUGGAGCAUCAAAUUCCCCUGACGGCGCCCAACAAAAUACUUCCACCGAAAAGACCGAAUCGGCAGUUCAAACAUUUGAAGCUACAUUGAUCAACCCUAGCACACACCGUCCUUCUUUCCAUCCCCGCACCAAAGCCGAAGAGCCUGUAACGGUCCGACCUCUGGCUGAAUUUCUUCAAGAUCUCAGUAACACGAUGGACCGGUUGAAGGCUGAAGAUGAGAAGGCCGAGAAGAAGGCGCGAAAGGAUGCACCCCUUUCCACGGGUACUGGAGCAAUGUCUCGGACAGGGGCUUCAGAAGAUGGAGCGGACUCACUGAGCAGAGGAGGGAUGGGCGCGUCAAGUUCUCGAAUGGCGGAACAUAUUGGUCCGUACCAGAUCAACGUCAACGGGAUUGACUUUGAUGCUGAGGAGGCCACGAGACGGAUUCAGGAGCGGAUUGACAAGGAGAAGCAACGAGAAGGGGACAAGGAAAGAAACGGAGAGCGAGGUUUUGGAAGUUCAAUGUCACCACCAUUGGGAGCGUCAGGUACGCCGAUGGGACGGAGCAACAGCGGGACCGCAACAGACGGAGUAGCGUCAGGAACGGGGACCAGUAAUCCAACGGCAUCUUCCACGCUAGGAGGCAAACAAAACAACGAACCAUUACGAUCAUUCUUUGACAACCUGAUCAACAAGAAGGACGGCAAGCGAGGUGGGUCCAGUGUGAGUGCCAGCCCAACCAGAGGACCAGGUACGCACAGUCCUAGCGUUCGAGGAGCAGGCAAGAUGGACGAUGAAAGACGAAGAGAGUCAUAAGUGCCGCUGUACACGAGAGUCAGGGUUGCUUGCAUUCUAGAUUUCGUCUGAAAUGUGUUCGGCCGGUUUUUCGUGGUGGUGGUGCUUGGGCCAUCGAGAUUUACUAUGUAGACCGUAGGAAUCACUUGUGAUGACAAUGCCAUCAACUAUACCGAAUGCAGUAUGCAGAUUGAGAGCCGAUAAAAUAGAUCAAAAUGCGC